AUGCCUGAUUUUCUCCCACUCUCUCUCUCUUUUUCUCUCCGAGACCAUUCUCCUCGACUCUCUCCCUCUCUCUCAACCAUGUCGAGUGAUCGUGCAAUUCGCCUAUUGCAGGCGACGGAAUCGGUUCUCCGAGCGAGCGGUGUGGCUGGGAGUGGUGCUGGCGGUGGCGGUGGUGGACGUGGGGGCCGCGGUCGCGGCAAUGGUAAUAUUCUCUCCUCGGCGACAAUUCUUGUCUCAAAGCUCACAACUCAAUUAGGCCGGCAUGGCGGUUGUGGUGGUGGCGGCAGUGGCCGCGGAGUGACGAAGCGGGGACGUGGACGUGGCCGUGGCCGUGGCCGUGGCCGAGGAGGUGGCCAGGCGGGCGGGAAUGUUCGUGGUGGUAGCGGCCGUGGUGGUGGUGAUCGUGGUGGUGGUGGUCGUGGUGGUGGUCGUGGAGGCUCCGGCCCCAUUGGCAACCCUCGUGACGGCAGCAAUGUCGUCCCAGCUUUGGACCGGUUGGAAGGUCAGGCUGGACCCCCGGCCAUAUUGGCCGGGGUAGAGACGGCACCUUGA